UCCAAAAAGAAGCAACAGCCGAAGCUAAUUCCUCCAACCUUAGAACACCCAGCGGCCCACCCCCUAAAACAACCCCUGCCGCCUCCAACCUCAAAAGAUCAAAUACUCCCCAAAGUAUAGUUUUUCAACUAAAAUGACAUGCACACACAAAGAGGGGGAUGAAAAUUUGGACAGAAACUUUAGGUUUUUGUUCUAGGCUUCUAGCUUUUCUAAGUUUUGGUUAAAAAUCUAGAAUUUCAAAAAAAAUACAAAAACGAAAAAAAAUACAAAUAUUCUUUCAUGUUUCUUCUGCUGGACUACCAUUCCAAAACCAUGGAAUUUGAUUAAUCUUAAGGUCAAUUCGAUUUUAUCUGAUUGGGUCGUCGGUCGAGGUCCAAGUUCGUGGGUUUUCCGAUUCGCCUCACCACUAUCUUCUUCGUUCAGAUUUUCACCUUUUGUGAAGCUGUUUCAGAAGCUCUAUUUCUCAUAUAUUAAAGAAAGCUUGCUUAACAGGUCUCAGUGCUUCAUCAGGAAGCAUUUUCCAAGUCUCGAGUUGAGCUGAGUCGGUAUGAGGCUGACAUCCAAAGGCUUACCGAGGAGAGGAAUGUCCUCAAUAUUCUCAGUGGGUAAAAAGAAGAAGAGAUCAAGGACCUCCGAGCCGAGUUGGCCGUGGCUCAUAAAGAACAGACCUACCUGAUUGAGCAGGUUCAGCAGAAGAUCGAGAGGAUUGAGUAGUUUUGUGAAGAGGUCAAUAUGAUGAAGGCGGAGACCUUGGGAUAGAAUCAAAAUAUGGAUCGCCCGCCUCAGAGAUGGAGGCUGCUCGAGCCCAGCUGUCAUCAGCUAAAAGUCAGCUUCAGGCCAUGAAGGAAAAGAACUUGGCAUAUGCCAAGAAAAUUGAGGAGCUCGAGGCUCGGUUGGCCGCCGAACUUGCAAAGGCCAGAUCUGAGGCUGAAAAAGCUAAGGCCGAUGUGGAGGCGAUCGUGGCUGUCUACCGGUCUGAUGUUGAAGCUGAUCAAGCCCAAGAAAGAGAGUCUGCUGAGACCGCUCAAACUCGAGCACACUGGGUUGCCGAACUCGCCAAGUGUCAAUCUCGGAGGGAAACCCUCGAGGAGAUCCAUGGCCGAGGUUUCGAUCUCACUGAUAAGAUAGAAAAGGCCAAAGGGCUCAAAGCCGAUGCUAGGGCAUUGGCCUCCUCUGAUGAUGAUGAUGACACCGGGAGUGAUAGCGGGUCUGAGANGUUUCAUUCAUGCCUUAUGGAAAUUUUGUUUAUAAGUUCGAAGCUUAGGCAAUUUGAUCGAAGUCGGACUAGUGUAGUCUUUAUAAUCGAGUGA